AUGGACAAUGACUUCGAAAGAAAAAAUAGUCACGAGUUGCAAAAACUUGAUGCAGAUGAUAUUAUUUCAAAGAACUUUCACGAUGGAAAUGUCGGUGUUAUAAAUAAUUUAAUGACACAGCCUGAAGACAAUAGUUUGAAUACACAAAAAAACAUUACAAAUGAAGAUUCUUUAGAGAAACUUUUACCUGAGUCAGAAGAUAACAUUAGCCCAACUAAUGAAGAUAUUAGUAAUGAUGUAAACUCUAAAAUCAUAUCAAUACAAGAAAAUGCAAGUCCAUUAAGUUUAUCAAAUACAGAUAUUUUAGAGCCCGACGAACAUAUUAAAAAUACAAUACAGUCUCGCACUGAGAAUUUACUGCAAGAAAGAACAAGUGCUACUGAUAUAAAAAGCACUAUCAAUAAUGAAGUCAUUCAGAAUCCAUCCACUGCUGCCAAUUCAUCAGCUGGUAGUAACAACGAGAAUGUCGUCAUAGCAAAUGAAUCAGACAUUAUUAAUGAUAACCAAAGUGUAACCCAACUAGAAAAGGAAAAGGAAAAUUUAAUUGAAAGUUUCGAGCUAAAAAAUAGUUCGACAUUGCAAAGUGAAAGCCUUACUGCUGAUAAUCGAGCUUUAGAGGACGGGCAAACUAAUGAAACGGAUAAAUCCGAGGACGACAGUUUAACAGGACUCAGCAACAUCACUAAAAAAGAAUCAUUCCCUAAUCCAAGCUCUACAACACAAAGCUUGGAAUCUAUACAAGACUCGGAAAAAAUCCUUAUCCCCAGUGGUGAAGAAAUUGCGCUAGAUUCCAAAAUUACAACUGAUCUAAAAGCUUCGGCAGAAAAAGGAAAUGAAAGCCCACUAAGCACAAAUAUUUUAGAUCCAGAACAAAGUCUCGAUCAAAGCACUUUGAGUACAAUAAAAACAACCGUGCCAGGUAAUUGUGAGAAUGGAUCUCCAGAAACAAGUUCUGCUAAAUCGGAAUUCAAUAAUGACAACGCAGCCAUUCAGAAUGCUUUAAUUUCGACUCCGCUCAAAUCAGUUGACUGUAACAACGAGAAUGUCGUAAUAGCAACUCUGUCAGACGACACUGUUAAUGAUAAGCCUAACAAUAUCCAGUUAGAAGAAACAAUAGAUGAAAAUAUUAAUAAAGUAGGCAUGCAUAAUGUGCCUUCUGAGAAACAUUCUUCGGUUGAUGAAAUUGCAGAGAAUUCUCGCAACAAGAAAGCUAAUGAUAACCUCUAUUCCGAUGAUAUUAUUGCAAAUAAUGAAAAUGAAAAGGAUGAAACCGAGGAUAUUAAUACCACAGCAGACAAUAGUACGACAGAAGAAUCCUUGAGCAAAGAAGAAUACCAGGAUACCAGAGUACCAGAGUCUUUAAACGUUGUCAGCUCGACAGAUAAGCAAAAUCCCAAUAUAUCAACGGAUGCAAAUGCUUCAUCAGAUGAACGAAAUAUAAGCAUACUUCCCACAGAUAUUUUAGAGCCAGAGCAAAGCCUUGUUCAUAACGCUAACACAAGUUCUACAUUAAAAGAACAUUAUCAGAAUGCAUCGGUGGAAAACACUCCCGACUUGGAAUGCGGUAAUGACAAUAAAGUCGAUCAGAGCCCUCAAGUUUCAUCAUCUAAUAGUUACAACGAGAGUUCUGUAAUCGCAACUACAUCAGAAAAUGAAAUGAAGUGCAACACGAAAACUGAAAUUGAUGGGGAGGAACACAUUCCUUUAAAUAAAGCAAGUUCAGAAAUUCAACAUUCAAUUGAAGUAAAUAGCCUACAGACAGUUUUGAAAAAUCUACAUACUCAAGCGAAGAAUACUCAUGACGAUGAUUUUUCCGAAAAUAAUACGGCACUUUUAAAACACGGGGACUCUUCGUCCAAUUUGGAAUUCAAUGAAAAAUCAUUUAACAACCUUGGAACAUCAAUUAUAAUUCAUAGCGUUCUUCCUACUGAAGACGAUUAUGAGUUAGCCAUCGCGCCAGCAAAUAACAUAAUUUCACUUGACACAAUUGGAGCCACACUAACUGAAGACAUACAUUUAAAUGAAUGUCAAAGCAUCACUGAAAGCAAUACAAGUGCAGAGGACUUAACCAUAAUUGAGACACAAAAACAAUCGGAAAUCCAUGACGAUAAUAUACAACCUAUUAAUAAGCCAGUAGAUGAAAAUAAAGAAGCAUCUUCAAGUCCGUUGGAAAUGUUAGAAGAGACUAAAACUCUAGGAAAUGAUCAUUUAUUAGAACUAAGCAAAGAAGAAGAUAUUGUAGAUACUCAAAUUGCUGAACUAGGCAAUAUCGGGACUACAGUAAUAGAUGAAAUAAUUGAAAGUUCGGUUGAAAACAAUCAACGACCAGAAACCAAAAUGAAUCAACUCACUUCUAAAAAUGAUUCCGAGGAACAUACAAAGGAUAAUAACAACAUAAUACAGGUUGUCGAAAAAGAAAACUUAGAUGACCUUAAUUUUCAUACAGAAAGUGAAAAACUGCUAUCAAGACCAUUAGAGGAGUCUGAAGAUCGACAAGAAAAUAAAAUAGAAAUGGAACCCAGCCUAGUGAACAAAAACUCUCCUAUAGAUAAUAAUUCACUAUUUAAUUCUGAGGCAGAUUUAACCACUCAUGCUGCUCUUAAUGACGAGAACACUGCGAAAAUCCUAAUAAGCAACUUAUUGGAAGCUGAGGGCAUAGAACGUUCUUCAAAAGAUGUAAUUGGUGAAAACGUUCCCCCUUGUGGUGAGGAAAUGGAAUCUUUCAAAUCUGAGCUCCAUAAUACAGAUGACGAAAAGAAAAAUGAAAUUAUUAAGACUUCAGGAAUAAUGGACCAAAAAUUAAUUGAUGAUAAUACAAGCAAUUGUGAAGUUGUGAAAGUAAUGACUAACGAAGCAAGCAGUGGAUUAAAAAGUGAUGUUCUUAUGUCCGAAGUAAAUAGUGCAGGUUUAACAAGUGAAGAAGUGUUCGAUUUUGUUAAAGAUGUAGGAGUUAAGAGGUCUUCGGAAAUCGAAGCAGCCUUCAAAGAUUGUUCCACAAUGCGAGAAUUAUUGAACGAAUUUUUAGCGCAAGAGACGAAAUUCUCUUCGCAUACUGACAAGCGAGAGCAUAGCGACGCCUUUCAUGAAGUGCAUGAAGUACAGUGUGUUAAAAAAACUGUGUCACAUUCUAAUCUGGCCGCGGAUAAGCCAGACAAUGAUGAAUCACAAAAUAUAAAAGAAGACGAACUCCAGCAUCACGACGAAACGGAAAGUGAUUUGGAUACCCUGGAUAGUACAGCCCUAAAACUAUCGAAAACAGAUCAAAUAAUUGACAAAAUGUCUCGCCGACGAUCUUCCGAAAUAAGAGAGAGGGAAGAUUGUAAUAUUAGGGAUCCCAUAUUUGAUGAGCCUUGUGUUCAGCCAAUGAGCGAUUUGCAAGAUCAAAAUUCGCUAGAUAUCGAGGAUGGUGAUGGUGAUAUAGUAUACAAGCGCUUACAGCGUGAUGAAACUCGUGAAAGCUCAGCUCAAAGCGAGUCUGUUAUAUUUGGAAAUGAAGAAGAAGACAAGCCUGUUGCGAAUGAUCCAGAAAUGUCCAGAUCCCAACUAUCACGGCAUUACACAAUAGCCGGCGACGAUCCAAAAACUAUUUUUAAAUCCGUGAUCAUAAACGACGCUGUUAAAUAUAUUGACGAGGAAAACGGAAAUGAUAUCAAUGGCUCAAAAGGCAGUAACAGCUUCUGUUUGGACGAUGAAACUUCAGAAAACAUUCGCAAAAAGAUGAUGGCAUAUUCCCUUUCUGAAGCGGACUCCGAUUAUUAUGAUCCGAAGAAAAUCAUCAAAGAUGAUUUUCAUGUAGAUACUGCAAUGGCAGAUGCUAUGGACACAUCUACAGAAACCGAAUCAACAAUUGUAUCAGCUGCUGCUAAAAUACAGGCUGGAGCACGAGGAUUUCUAACUAGGAGACGAUUGCGCCGUGCCAGUGCAGGUACUAAGUCAUCUACUCAGGAAACAAAGGCAUCUUUCGGUAACGAUGCCAUAAGCGAAUCAUUGGAACGCUUUAUUGAAGAAGAAGCAGCCAAGAAAAUCCAAACGGCAUAUCGAUUGCAUACUAAGAAACCCAAAAAUCAAGCGCAGAUCUUGACUAGUUCCAGUCUAGAAAGCACUUUGGCAGCCAAGCGGCAAACACUACAACGUGGGGACGCACUGCAAAAUGAUUCAAACUCAACCCCAGAGGAUGAAAAUACCGAAUGCGCUACUGCUGGGCUGCCUCAAAAAAAUAUCGGAACCAAUUCGUCACCGAGUAAAGGUACGCGAUCAAUCAAGAAAAGUGAUAUGCGACUGAAUUGGCCUGUUUUGCGGCAAAACUCUAUGCCAGUUCAAAUCGAAUGUGAGGUUCUAAGAGUCAUCCCCAAACACAGACGCAGACGCAUAAGGAGCGCCCAGGAUAAACAUAAGAAAAAUUAA